CAUAGGGGAUGCUUACGCACUCUGCUUUGACGCAGCAGCCUUAUUUAGGAAUGGGGGUUGAGGGUGGUGGUGGAAGUCGCUUUUUUGAGUGUAUCUGUAAAGACAAAGCAUGGCUGGGGGUGAGGAGGUGCUUUCUCCAAUUUCACAUCAGGAAGGACUGAGGCUGGAUUGGAGGGAGGCCAGGAGGGCUAGGGGACCCAGAGAUAAAAUUUCAAGAGAGGCCGUAAAGCCUAUGGCGUUCGGAAGAACAGAAGGAAGAGACUUGGAGGGAGACACUGAACCACAGACCCGCGUGACGAAGGAUAGUGGGUGCCAGCCUGGGCCACUAGCCAGUCCCUAGCCCAGGUGUCGGCAGCCACCCCAAAGGCAGGUCUGUGGUCCUCCCGCCCAGUCUGGGGGUGGGAGACACUGUCUUCAGGUGGGAGACUGUGCCUGGAGUAAGAAAGGUUCUUAAAUGGUUGUGGAAGUAAGCGAGGAAGAAAGGGAGGACGCCAGAUGAGAAGAAAGAGCGAGCAAGGAAGAAGGGAGGCAGGCAAAGAAGGCACUGGAAAGGAAUUCUCUGCACACGGUCAUCAUAAACAGACAGCGAUGCUCAGUCCCCCAGCGUGGAGGCUCCUCACGCAUCCUCCCAGCGGACAUUCCAGAGGAAGACCCACGGUCCUCCCCGCCCACGAUGGGCUCCGCUGCCCUCCCUUGCCUGAGCCUGCUGCUGCUGCUCUGGACCCAGCCGCCGCGGGCCCGGGGCCAAGAGUUCCGCUUUGGGUCCUGCCGCGCCAAGGGGGUGGAUCUGCAGGAACUGUGGGAGGCCUUCUGGGCCGUGAAGGACGCAGUGCAAGCUCAGGAUAACAUCACGAGUGCCCGGCUGCUGCGGCGGGAGGUUCUGCAGGACGUCUCGGAUGCUGAGAGCUGUCACCUCAUCCAAGCCCUACUGAAGUUCUACCUGAAUACUGUUUUCAAACACUACUACAAGAGAACAGUGGAAUUCAGGACGCUGAAGUCCUUCUCUACUCUGGCCAACAACUUUAUCGCCAUCAAGUCGCAACUGCGGCCCAGUCAGGAAAAUGAGAUGUUUCCCGUCACUGAGAGGGCACGUGGGCGCUUCCUGCUGUUCCAGAGAGCAUUCAGACGGCUGGACAGAGAGGCAGCUGUGACCAAAGCCUUUGGGGAAGUGGACAUUCUCCUGACCUGGAUGGAGAGAUUCUACCGGCUCUGACGCCCGGACCCGCAUCCUCUCCUCACCUGUUCCCUGUGUCAUUUCAAAUGGGCGUCCCUUCCCGCGCUGCCCUCUGGGCACUCCACCCCCUUGGAACAGGCUUGUUAUCAAAGACGUUGUUCUUCAAGCAGCCCCAGCGACAGUCCUGGAAGGCCCCUUUGGAUGCUGUGAAUGGUUUACAAGGUGGAUUCCCGUAUUUAUUGCAACUCUAUUUAAUCAUUGUCAGUGUUUGAAGUUAUAUUUAUUUGUGAGACUGUAAGUUCCACGAAGGCAGCAGAACACAGAGCCCCAUGCUUCUAUUUUAGCCCCGUGAUCCUUGCCACAGUAGGGGGCAGUGGACGGGCACUCAGCAAAUACUUAAUAAACUGGGUUUUUUGCUCGUCUUUGGAUUGUGGAGGAAUGAUGGGGGAUGCUGGGAUGAUGUAACAUUGAAUGUUAGGACAUGGAAACCACACUGUCUUGUGACAUCGGCAGGGAUAGCACUGGGGUGGGGAUGAGGGGCAGCAAUUUGAAAAGUAAACGAUGAAAGACAAAGUAUAGGUUAAAUGGCCCAGCAGGAAGCGGAUUCCCACUAAACCUUUCGUUUCCUGCCCAC